CGCUCCCCCUGGGUACCAUCUUCUUUUGGGAGCUCAUGGUACUUGGGCAUGACUUGUGGUGCAAGUUCAACCUCUACCUUUUAUUCCACAAGGUGCAGUGGCUGGGCUGGCUGUCUGUCUCAGCAGCACACCAUGCGGCCCAACGCCACAAGCCUUCGGACCCGUUUCUGACCUGUCAGGUCUCGACUCACCUCACGCCCAUGUUUAACCGCGACGGACGCGUUCAAAAUGCAAGCAUGUCUCAGAGAAAGAGUGGCGGGUCGACGCCCAGCAGUGCCUAGGUAGUGCACAUGCACGAAAUGCAUGCAGAAAGCACCCAAUCUCGAGCAAAAGAUGAGCUUCCCCACAGUUCAACUUUCUCCGGACUUGUACCCAGUGAAAUCCGACUGGCUAUACUGGUCUUUGGUUUCGAUCGAUGUGGGUUUGCCAAAGUGCACCUUUGUACGCUUUAGACCAGUCCGGCUCCAGCCACGACGCAGACCGAUCUUGCAUUUUCACCCCUUCGCGGAUAGACAUGGAACAUGGAACAUGGAUCUAACGUCCGUCGGGGGCAACCGUGGUCAUGAGAGUGUGCAAAUGCUACUUUGGUCGUAGUUCAAGUUCACAUAUAUCUUCUUCUCCCUUCCGCCCCCCUUGCUGCAGUGUCCGUCCUUUUUUUCUUUGUGUUACAACAACUCUCCUGUGUACAGUGUUUACUUUAGCUGAGUGUCUCGUGUUUCAUUUCUCCUCCGGGCCUGCUGUGUUCUCUCUUUGGUUUUUUCCCUCAUCAUAAUUCGGAACCCUCGUUUGAAAAGACUCCUUCGACAAUAUAUCUCUUUCUCACAAUUCGACAUAAUAUAUCCUCAAAAAAGCCACCAUGCAGUUGACCACCUUGAUCCUGGCAUCUAUUGCCACCAUCGCCGCAGCUCAAUCUACAUCGAGCUCUUCCUGCCCUGGUCAACUCACUCUUGAUGCUUGCAAAUCCUCCAUCCAAGGCCAGAUCAACUCCUGCGGCCAGACCGACUACUCCUGCCUCUGCACGCAAUACGUAAACAUGUUGACCUGCUAUGCCAACUGCCCGAGCGACCCCAGUGUCGGAACCGUUCAGCAACAGCGAGACCAAUACUGCCAGGAUGCAUCUGUAUAUGGCAGCACCACUACCUUGGGCACGGCUCCCGCCACGACCGCUGGUUCGACCGCCGCCACCACGACCGGCUCUUCAAUUACUGGAUUCCACACCGGCUUUGCCAGUGAAACUGGAUCCGCUGCCUCUGCGUCCGCAUCUGCCACCGCCUCGAGCAAAUCCGACAAUGCCGCCGCGAGCCUGGAGAUGGCUGGUGGUGUUGUGGCUCUGGCAGUGGCUGGGUUGGGAUUGGUUUUGUAAAAAAGAAAUGGAAAAAGGACACAUCCGUUUUGGGUAUUCGAUUGCAGCGUGGGACAGCAUUUCAGCAUCGCGUUUGGUUCGGAGAAGGCCGGUAGCUUCCGCUUCUGUUACUGCUGGGAGCGAAGAGAAAAAGGAAUGAUUAACAAGGGCACUUAAUCCAUAAUAUCUUUACCAGACUGCACGCUGCUGCUUCACUUGUUCCGCCGUGACCGCCGCUUCGGAGGCUGCUCCUGUUUGUUGUCGGCAAUGUCGGCCUCGGAUGCGUCUCGCUUCGAUUCUUUCUUCGUGCCUAGUUGGUUACCCGGUUUCCUGUCGCUGCUACCAUCGUCCUCUUGACCUUUCUCUUGCUCAGAUGCCUCACUGCCUGAUGCCUGGUCGGGGCUCUUGAGGGCAGCCUCCAGAGCGUUUCGUUGGGAAGGUUCUAGCACAUCCAAGUGUGCGAGGACGUACGACACCUUCUCCAGCUCAACUGCCUUGAUGCCCAAUUUCUUCAACACUGGUCCAACUGCUCCCAGCAACUGCAUGUAUUCCUUUUGAGUAUACUUGAGUUUCUCGCUCUUCGUUGCCGGGAAGAACCACAUGAACAUCUCGUCCUGAAAGAACGGGAUGUGAACUGGCUCAUACACAUUCAAGAUCAAGGUUCCGGUUGCGGGACCAAUGCCAGUGAGUUUACAGACCAAGUCGAGGGCGGCAGAUACUGUUGAAGUUGGAGGCUCUUUACCGUCCUCCGACGUCGAGAGUUUCGCCCAUGCGAGCUUGGUCUGCGUCUGGACUGAAGCGGGGUCAUUCUUCCUCACCAAGGCUGGCAGGAAAGGGCGCGAGUGGCCGUGAGUUCUGGGAAAGGUCAGGAAUCGAAGAGGUAUAAUUGCGAGUUAUUUCAUGGGAAUUAAGUCAACUUGAACGCUUCAUGUCGGAGCAUAAAAUCAAUAGCCACAAGGAAGGCCAGGCACUGGGCCAAGCAUAUAUUAUCCCAAUAUUGGGUUCUAAGAAGACCUCAAACAAAGACAAACUGAUGAACGACAGGUGCGAGAGCCCGGAACGUGAACUUGAGCGUAGCACCCGUAGAAGACGAGUGUUGUUCGAUGGGCAGGUAUUA